AUGGUGUACGGGUUGAAGGUUGAAGAUAGACUCGAAGGUGCUUCGAAUUUCACUUCAUGGAAGUUUAAAAUUCUUGUUACUCUUGAGGAAAGUGAUCUUCAGUUUGUGGAAGGAAAAGAUCAGUCUGACCUUGAAGAUCAAGAAGAGAAACUUCAGUUCAAGAAGAAUGUUGUCAAAGCAAAGAAGAUCCCGAUUGACUCCGUGAAGGAUCACCUUAUGCUCAUCAUUUCCAAGAUGUCAAAUGCAAGAGACAUGUUCAGAACCUUGGAAGGAAUGUAUGGGAUCAACAACACAAGUAGGGCACUUGCAUUGAGGCAACAACUUCAUCAAGUCAAGAUGGCGAAGGGAGAAUCAGUCAUAUCCUUCAUAAUGAAGAUUUCAGAAUUGCGAGAUCAACUAAGCACCAUUGGAGAUGAAGUUGUGGACAAGGAUCUUGUCAUGCUAGCAUAG